CUGCAAACAGCAAUUCUCCCGGUCCGAAGUGCAAAUCAUGCUCCUCUUUGUACACAACGAAUCCCUUAACCGGAACGGUUUAUACGUUACUCUUGACUCGCCCACUCAACCCAGUCAUCUCGCCCGAGUCACCCUUCUCUAGCUUCUUUUCUUCCUCUAAAUUCCCUCCCCGUUAUUCCUAAACAAUCUCCCCUCUUCCCUAUUUGAAUCAAUUAACGGUCCUUAAAACCCUAUAAUAGCCACUUUCUCCGCCAACGCCGUCAACCGUUUCGAUUACAAGCUCAAACUGCCGGCAAUGGAGCCGAUGCCGACGGAAUCUGAUCAACCGAGCGGCGAGGAUUUUGUGCACAUCGAAAGCCCUAACCCUAAUUUUGUGGAUGCAUUGGGCGAUAGCAUCGUGAAUGUUGAAAGGGAGGAGGAUGAAGGAAAAGAAGAAGAAGAAGAAGAGAUACUAAACGAGGGUUAUGACGGCAACAAUGACGACAAUGUUUCUAUGAACGACAGAUCCGAUUCCUCGGAGAGAAGGGAACUCCCGGAGGAGCUUUUGAGGAGCGUGAUGGUUCUCUCCUGCGAAUCUUCCGCUGAGGGCGGUAAUUGCGAUGUGUACUUGGUUGGGACUGCGCACGUCUCCAUGGAGUCAUGCAUAGAAGUUGAAGCUGUAAUCAGUAGUUUGAAACCACAGGUUGUUUUCUUGGAGUUAUGCUCAAGUCGAGUUGCAGUGCUUACUCCGCAGAAUUUAAAGGUACCAACCAUGGGAGAAAUGGUAGAUAUGUGGAAAAAGAAGCAUAACAUGUUUGGUAUCCUUUACAGCUGGUUUCUUGCUAAGGUUGCUAGUAGGCUUGAUGUCUUCCCCGGGUCUGAAUUUCGUGUGGCAUUUGAAGAAGCAAUGAAGUAUGGUGGCAAGGUGAUUCUUGGUGAUCGUCCUGUACAGGUUACUUUGCGCAGAACCUGGGGGAAAAUGCCACUUUGGCAUAAGAUAAAGUUACUGUAUUCCUUGCUUUUUCAAGCAGUAUUCUUGCCGAGCCCUGACGAGCUUAACAAAAUGUUGAAGGACAUGGAUGAUGUUGACAUGCUGACUCUUGUUAUUCAAGAAAUGAGCAAGGAAUUCCCAACUUUAAUGGAAACUCUUGUACAUGAACGAGACCAGUUCAUGUCAUCCACAUUACUAAGAAUUGCUAGCGAGCAUACUUCAGUUGUUGCGGUAGUCGGUAAAGGUCACUUGCAAGGAAUUAAGAAAUAUUGGAAGCAGCCUGUUUUGAUGGACAAUCUCAUGACACUUCCUUCACAGAAGCCGACAGUUUCAGGUGGCAAAAUUCUCAUAUCGCUGGGCAUCGCGGCUUCUGGUGUGGCUAUGGUUGCAGGCAUCUAUCUUGCGGGGAAGAAAUAAUCCACUAAAAGCAUUUUUGAUUGAGCAAAACUUGGAUUUUGGUGAAGAAACUCGUCUUAAGCUUGAUAUAUAAGGUUCAAACUCCAAGGAACUGACUGAUAACCAGUUUGUUUCACAAAAAUUGGGAUCCAAUUCGGAAAAACAGGUAUGCUGGUUGGUAUAAAUGAUUAAGAUAAAAGCAGUUUUAUCAUUUUGUAUCCAUGUUGACACUCAUAAAUUUCGGUUUUAGUCUUCAUUAUUUUUCUUCCUUUGUAUAGCAGCUGAUUUGCUUCAGUUGUGUCCUCGCAAGCUAUUUCCCUUUCUUCUACUUCA